AUGGAAUAUGUUGAUGAAACAAAAGAUUUACUUAUUAAUGAGGUGGCACUCGCAAUGGAAAACAUCCUUGGGGGUCAGCUACGAACGCUCAUUGAGCAGAAGGAAAGUACGGAUGAAUUUGACGGCCAAAGAUUG